UUUAUCAAUCCAGGAGUCUCUUGUCUCGUCUUCUUCUCCCCCACGAAGAAGCCCCCGCCGCUCCGACUCCCCUAACCCUCUCUUACUUCCUCCUCUCGGAUCCCGCCGCCGCCUCCGCCUCAGCGAUGCCGUUCACCCCGGGACCCUACUCCGGCGUCAGCACCCUAGCCCUCGUGGCUAGGGCGUCGGCUCUCGGCAUCGGAGUCGUCUACGGGACCGUCAAGCUCGGCAUCCUCAAGGCGACCAAACCCCGCAAGGAGGAAGCAGCUGCUCAUCACUGACAGGGAUGCAUGGUGGUAGCUGAAGGACGCAGUAGAUUUGCAAUGUACCCCCUCUCCUACAUACGAGCAUUUGGUUUAUGAUUUGUGGAACCUCCUGUCUGAAACCCAAACCUAUAUGGGAGUUGAAACUAAGUUUUGCUUGUGGAAAUAAUAAUUGAAUCACUCAAAGUCAGGAAGAGAACAAAAGUGUACACAUCCAUCUGUUUCGCAUUUGAGAGCUAGUUUUUGUUGUCGUGUGCUUGAUA